AUGCCUGCAGCAAAGCACCAUUAUUUUGGGCAGUCUGCUUUGGUCUUGCAGACAUAUAGUGGUGGAAACAUUGUUCGUCUCUUGCUCGAGAAAGGCGCUGGUUCUGAUGUGCCCGAUGAUGUGGACCGAACCGCAAUUCGCUGUGCUGCUUCUCAGUCCGAUGGUACAAUAUUGAUAUACCUGGCUGACUACAAUCCUGAUGGACCGAACCGGAGGGAUUUCUAUGGUCGAACACCACUGCAUCUUGCCGCAACCCAUGGUGAAUUGCAAUCAGUACGAACGCUGCUAGCCAUGGAGAGCAUUGGUUGUGAAAUUCAAGAUGAAUUCGGUCACACCGCAAUUAAUGGUGCGCAAAGAAAGGGCUACGAUGAUAUUGUUCAAGCCAUCCAUAAAAUGAGUGGAGGCGUAGAUGAAGAUAGCCAUCCUAGAAUUAUCACAUCUUCACGGCGGGUACUCAGUGUGGAAUGUGAUGCUUGCAUGCUUGGCAUGAGACCCGAUGAGACCUAA